GGCACCAUCAUCGAUUCGACGGUUGCGAUUGAAAAACACUGGCACAAGAUUGGUAAAGAGAUUGGGGUUGCUCCCGAGGUGAUCCUGGCGACAUCCCAUGGGCGGCGGUCCAUCGACGUGCUCCAGAUGUACGAACCCAAGCUCGCCAACUGGGAGUACAUCAAACACGCCGAAGGACUGGUACCCAAGGAAUUUGGCCACGACGCGGUCGAGAUUCCGGGCUCUCGUGCCAUGCUUGACAGUCUCGAAGACAAGGGCGUUCCAUGGUGCAUUGUCACGUCGGGCACGCGGCCGCUUGUGACGGGCUGGCUGGAUGUCAUGAAGCUUGCACACCCGAAAAACCUUGUUACGGCAGAAGACGUGCUCCACGGCAAACCCGACCCCACGUGCUACCGGAUGGGGGCGGAGAUGCUCGAGCUCGGGGAGAAGAAGAAGCCCUCGAUCAUUGUAUUUGAGGAUGCGCCAGCGGGGAUUCGGUCAGGAAAAGCGGCGGGGUUCGUUGUGGUUGGUCUGUACACUAGCCACACGCUAGAACAGCUGGUGGAAGCGGGCGCCGACUAUAUUGUUCAGGACAUGCGAAGUGUCACGCUUCACUCAUGGGACAAGACAACGGGGGUGGGAGAGGUGCAGAUUGCAAAUGCCUUGGCGUAG